AUGGUCGCGCGAGCAGUGCUAGUCGCAGGUGUCAGUGUGCGGUCAGCCGGCGUGCCUGGACAAGUGCGCGGUUUCCGGGAGCUCCUCGGAGCGGCAGGGACGAGCUUGCCGUGGGCACAGCUCUUCGAAGAGGCCAUCAAGGUGGCCAGGGAAGGGGCGCCCGUAUCGCCUGAGAUGGCGCGGCAGCUGGCACGCCGACGGACACACAUUCUGGCAAACCCGGCUCUAAGGUCGCUGUACACGAAGAAUGGAUCAGACGCCCUAGUCGAACCAGAAGACGUGGUGGUCAACGAGGCCCUGGGCCGCACUCUGGAGACCCUGGCCGAGAAAGGGAGAGAGGAUUUCUACACCGGAAGCGUGGCCGCCGAUCUCCUGCGUGACGUGCGUGCUUCUGGCGGUCUAAUGACGGGGCAAGACCUGGCCGAUUACCGUCCACGCGUGGGCAACGCCAGUGGCAUGCCACUGGGAAAAGAGACCGUGUGGUGUGCUCCGCCCCCUUCGUCCGGAAUCGUCGCCAGCUUCAUACUGGCCCUUGUACACAGGUUCCGCCCUUCGCCUAGCAUGACUCUUCCCGACGACGGAGCGACCGCGCACCGACUGGUGGAGUCCUUCAAGUACGCCUUCGCGCGCAGAAGCCGGCUGGAAGAUCCUCUCUUCGGUGACAUCAGCACGCGUGCUCGUCACGACGAGAGAAGAGCAGACAAAUCCCUGUAA